UACUAGGUUCCGGUUAAAAAACUCUCAUCGUUUGUUUAAAGUUAAAUAGAAGUUAUUUGUUAUGACAUUCGCGGUCAUAUGUUGGUUUGCCUUCAUUAUUUGACAGGCAAAAACGUUUUAUGUUGCUUGUUCGUUUCAUAUGGUUUUCAUAUAUAACCAAGUUGACACAGAAACGUGUUGAAAGGGAACGUUCAGUCUGUUGUCCGUCUAACAGUGUUGUUAUUCUCGGACAAUUAUCAACUAGUCAUGCGUGUUUAUUAUGGAUUAUGAAAAAACAAACUGUGAGCACAUUUCAAAAGCAAUCAUACUCACAGUAUUGUGAGUACCACAGUAGAAAAGCGAUGCAUUUAGUUAAUAGCUAUAUUAUCUGCUGAGAGGAUGGAUUUGGAGGAGAGAUAUGAUCGACUCAUUGCAAAAUGUGUUGAGAAGGACAAGUAUAUUCGGCGCCUGGGAAAUGUACUCAGAGGCUGUCGUUGUGGUAUUGUCACAGGAACACUGCUGGAUGAACUAUGUUUGACUGAAUCUGACCUGGAAAAAAAUGAAUACUUGCAGCUUCUGUCCCCAUUUGUACACAGUCAUGCACGAGUCAGAGUACAGGGUGAUGUGACUGCCAGUGAGAAGUAUCCAAUAGUAUCAGUACACAACAACCCUCCAGUGAAUAACACUGUACCCUGGGGGCAAGUCACUGCUCUUACGGCUUUGUCGACCGAGCUUGGAGCAAAGCAAGACGACAGACUUCACCAACAAUCCACCGAAGCAUAUCACAGGAAUGAUAGAGAUGACGCCCAAUUUAUCUCGGUGUCCGACAACCGGUCAUUCCCUACUCAGAACACGCACAGUGUCGCAGAAAACUUUGUUGACAGACCCAACAUAGAAUCUGAACACAGCUACGCCAAUGGAGCAGAAAUAACAGAUCCAGGAUCGCAGUACGUUCCUCAAGGCAUCAUUAGUCUUCCAGAGUCCAACCAUUUCAACAGAGUGAGCAUCAACGGCGUCAGCGAGGAGUAUCAACCUCAGCAUAUACACAGAGAGGGUGGGGAGAGACCGCAUACCACGGGCGAGGAAUCCGGGGAGAGGUAUGUUGGCAGCACGAACAAUCAGUUUGCUGAUGCCACGCCGCAGAGUGAUACGGACCACAGUGAUCGGUUCAUCAGUCGGCAGAGUUCCGAAACUGGAAACUUGUUGAAUAAUUUGACUGAUUUAGCAUAUCAAAAUUUUGUGGACAAUGUUCCAUUUUCACCUGUAUCUCCGGCGGAGUCGAGCUCUGAGAUCUUCAACCUGCAGGCGCCGGUCAUCUCGAUGCAGGUGACGGAAAACAGAGUGCAGCAUUUGACAGCACAAAAACCAACCGAGUCACUAGAGCAAGUGGAAUUGAGACCAAAGAUUAUUUCCCACAAAACUAAACAUCGGUGUGAUGUGUGUGGAAAAUGCUUCGCUAAGCCAUCAAAACUAAACGAACACGUCCGAGUUCACACAGGAGAAAAACCUUUCAGAUGUCCCACGUGCCAAAAAUGUUUCGCCCAGUCCGGCACCCUGAAAUACCACAUGAGAAUCCACUCCGGAGAGAAGCCGUUCACGUGUACAGAGUGCGGCAAGACAUUCACACAACCAGGGCAGCUGUCAUCACACACACUCAUCCAUCAAGAAAAGUCCCAUAAGUGCCAGCUGUGUAAGAAAAGCUUCACGGAGGAACUCUUACUAGAACGCCACAUGAAAAUCCACAAAAAGGAACGCCCACAUAAGUGUGACAAGUGUGGGAAGUGCUUCCUCCAUUCCGGUAAUCUCGUCAUUCACAAACCAAAGUGUGGCGGGGCCGACGAAGACUUGAAGUGUAAGGAGUGUGGAGAGGUCUUCCUGUCAAGGGACGAUCUGGAAGAUCAUGACGAAACUCAUUCGAAGAACAAGCCCCAUCAGUGUGAAAUCUGUUUGAAAAGAUACAAGCAGGCAAUAAGCCUGUGCAAGCACAGGAGUUCCCACAUCGAGCUCAAACAGAAGCUGCACAUGUGUGAGCUGUGCGGACAGUGCUACAGCAAACCCAGCCUGCUGAAGAUACACCUGAGGAUCCAUACUGGUGAAAAACCUUUCAUGUGUGAUUUGUGUGGCAAGUUUCACGGCAGCGCCAACAAUCUGCGACGUCACAUGUUAUCCCAUACCGGGGAACGUAAUUUCAAGUGUAAGGAUUGCGGGAAGGACUUCUCAACGGCACAUAAUCUGGAGUACCAUUCUCGUGUUCAUUCGGGCUUGAAGCCAUUUAAAUGUGACGUUUGUGGAAAGGGGUUUCCCUUUUCGUUUAGCCUCGACCGUCAUAUGCGAACUCAUAAGAAUGUUCAUCGGACAUGACUGAUGUCUUACCUCAUUGUAUUCAAAAAGCAUUUUGAAACUUUUAUACAACUACAUGUACAAUGUUAAAUGAUAUUUUUAGCCCACCUGAUCUGAAAAUAUUCAAGUGAUCUUAUGUUGUUUUGGGGAAGUCACCACCAUCUGCCUGUUUAAAUGUUUACCUUUUAGACAUCUCCUCUGAAGCAAGGUCUAUGAAGCUGAAACUGGAUAUUUGCAGACAAUUUUGAUCUGAUGUUGGAAGUAUCUUUGUGGCAUUAUUCUUUCUAUCUGAAUGUAUAAUUUUAAAACUUGAACUGAAAUUUUGCAGGAUUUUCCCUGAACAUGUUUUUGCCUGGUUACCAUGGUUACUGGUUAUGCUUGAUGUUUAUUUUCAAGUUUAGUACUUUGAUCUUGUUUUAAAUCUUUGUAUUAGCAUGGUGAACAUGUAUGUAUGACCUUCGGCGUCCUGAUUUUCUCAUGCUAAUGGACCAGUGAAGAUCUGGGGGAGAAUAGAUCUUCAGCAACCCAUGCUUGCCGUAAAAGGCGACUAUGCUUGUCGUAAGCGGAAACUAACAGGAUCGGGUGGUCAGGCCUUCUGACUUGGUUGAUGC